UUAAUAAGGGAGCAUUUAGUUAUUUACUUACAUUUUGUAUACACGUUUAUAUCGUAGUCUCUUAAGUUAUCUUCGACAGCAGCAAUUUAUUAUGGGUAAACAAAAUACCCAGAAAUCUCGAAAGAAGGCUAAAAGUCCAGUCGAAACACCGCGAUCGGCACAUAAUCGUAAAAAACUCCGGCAAAACAAAAAUGACGGUGUCAAAGUUAACGAACUCGGAGCAACUUUUGACAAAGAAAAUACUUCUCAAUGUUCAUCAAAUUCUACUGAAAACAAAAUACCAUUUCCUUUGGCCAUGUGGGACAUGGAGCAGUGUGAUCCAAAAAAAUGUUCAGGCAGGAAGUUAGUGCGAUUAAAUUUGGUUAAAACUCUUAAUUUACACCAAAGAUUUUCUGGUAUCAUUUUGACUCCAGAAGGGAAAAAAUGCGUUUCUCCUGAUGACAGAGAUAUUAUAUCAAAGCAUGGAAUUGCUGUAGUAGAUUGCUCUUGGGCUAAAUUACAACAGACACCAUUCUCCUCAAUGAAAGGAAACCAGCCACGACUUUUACCUUACCUUGUUGCUGCCAACCCUAUCAACUAUGGCCGUCCCUGCAAAUUGUCUUGUGUGGAAGCUUUCGCUGCUACACUUUAUAUUGCAGGUUUCUCAGAACUAGGUAAAAUAUUGCUACGGAAGUUCAAAUGGGGGCUAAAUUUCUUCACCUUGAAUGAAGAAUUACUGGAUCUCUAUGCAGCCUGUAAAAAUAGCACCGAUGUGGUUGAACUGCAGAAUUCUUAUUUAGAGAAAAUUGAACUUGAAAAAACACAGCGGAAUGAUGAGGACAUGUUUGAUACUUCUUUGGAAUACUAUAACCCUAAUCGAAUGGACAGGCAAGAAGAUAUAAGUGUAUCAGAAUCUGAUGAUGAUGAGGAUGAAGAUGAUGAUGACGACGAUGAAGUCAGUGAGGAUGAAGACAAUGAUGAUAGUGAUAAUAAUGAUGAUAACGAUCAUGAUGAUGUUGCUGCUGAUGAUGGGGGCAAAAAGAUAGAGGAGGAUAGAGACAUUCGGACAGAUUGUUCUGGAAGAACUCAGAACAUGAAGUGUAGUCACAUAACAGAAAGAAACAAAGAUGCAGAACUAGAAACAGAAUUCAAAAAGUUCUCUCUGAAUCCAUCUUAGGACUGAUGUUUAAUCCAGAUAUUCUAUGUAAUUUGAAAAUAUAUUAAAAUUAUUUAAAAUACUGAAAUUAUUGUAUACAGUGCUCAGGUGCUCCACAACUUGUCAAAAGGUUAUAUUUAUACAAUUUGUCCAAAAAUUAUAUUUAUAUAAUUAAAUCAAUUUUUUUAAGAAAUAAAAUGUUAAAAUGAUAGCAGACAUUAUAAGAAUCAUUUUGAGACAGAAAGGAACAACAGGUCUGCUUGACUGGAUUUGAACUUCGUUUCUAACACUUGCCAACUGGCUGUGUUACCGUUUAUGCCCCAGAACACCUGCUAGUCCUUCAUCUGAAUUGGUUAAGUUGGUAUUUACAUCUAUUGUUUGUUUUUUGGGGUUUUUUUUUAUUUUUAUUUUUUCCUCCAAAUGAUAUGUCCUGUGGUUCUGCACUUAAAUUAAUGAAUAAUAAAGAAAAAUCCCUUACUUGAAAAAUUUGGGAGGUUUAGCAAUAGAAAGGGCAUCUGGUUGGUCAGUUACUUAGCAAAACAACAAAUUAAACUCCAUACACUAUCACUUAUAAUGAUGAGCUUGUGUGUAAGUUUGUCCAAAAUCACACUAGGAGAAGUAGCAGAGUAAGUAAAAUGAAUGUUGAAUGAUGAUAAUGAUGCCCAUAUAUUAAAUAUUAUACAUUAUACACCAAUGUCCAUAUAUAAAUAUUAUUUUUUUUUUAUUUAUGCGCCCUUUUCAAGCUUAGCCAGGCU